AUGUGCGGUGGUAUGGAAACUAUUCCGGAAGAGCGAUCACGGCUUGCUAUUUUAGUGUUGAAUCGUACCGGAUUACCAUAUCAGGCCUGCGUCCGGCGUGAUGGUCAUCCGGUUAUGGUGCAACUUGAUUGCUCACAAUGUACUGUUAAAGAAUUUGAUGAUGCUUUUAAACAAAAUUCCAAUGAUCAAUAUGUACCUUUACGUAUAAUGGAACUUUCUGUUGGCGCUUGUUUGACAUCAGCGCUUAAUGAUUGUGAUCCAGAACAUGCUGAUUGUUUAAUGAAUGGUCCUCGAUAUGAAUGUCGCUGUCAUGAUGGUUGGAAUGAUACAUCAAAAAAUUUUGGUAAAGCAGAAGGAAGACGAUGUGAACAAUUAAUUUUACUUGCUGAUGGAUGUAUUUUAUUUUAUGGUUAUUGUUUAUUAUGGUGGCUUCUUUUAUUUGGUAUUAGUUUCAUUUUAUUAUUAUUAUUAUUGUAUUGGUUAGGUUCUAAAUUAUAUAAAUUAUGCAAAAAACGACGAAGACGAAAUGUUAUAGAGGAACAGGGUCAUUUGGUUACAUCGGAAGUUAGUUCAAUCAAAAAUAGCAAUGCUAAUGAUAAUAAAUUAGCAAUAAUCGAAUCAAUCAAUAUGAAUAAUAAUCCAAAUUCUAUUGAUACAAUUAGUGUAGCAGCAGAUUGUGACGAAAAAUUAGCAACAACAACAACAACAACAACAACAACAACAGCAACAACAAUAAUUGAUAAUAAAUGUAUUACUAAUUCUAUGCAAAAUGAUAAACAAAAUGCAACAAAAAAUGCAGAAAAAAUUUUAAUCAAACAAGAAAGUGUAAAAUCAUUGAAUUUAAUGGAAAAAAAUGAUGAAAAACAACAAACAAAAGUGCAAUCAGAAAAAUUGGAGCAAACUUCUGAUCAAUUAAAAUCUGAAAGAGUGAAAAUUGAACAAAAUGAGCAAAAAUUAUCAAUGAAUCAACAUGCUAAGAUUAAUUCAUCAAUUUUAUCAAAAAAUAAAUUAAUGAGGAAAACGUUAUCAGAUGAUCAAAAUGAAUCAAUCAAUGAAUCAUUGGAAACAUCAAAGAAUGCAACAAUAAAUCAAUCACAAAAAUUUACCGAAUUAACACAAAAUUAUGAUGAUGAAAAAAUGUUGAAAAAUGUUGAAACUAUGGAAGCUACAAAUUCAAAAGUGAUGAAUAUCAGUCAGUCAGUAUCGGAAACAUCACUACGUACAAUGUGGGAAUUAUUUAAGCAGGGCACAUGGAAACAAUCAUCCAGACCUAGUUCUAUCAAAUCUUCAACAUCAUCAUUGGAUCAUCUUAUCGAUGUAUUCUUAUGCCGAAAACGAAACAAGAAAAUUCAUCCGGAUACUAUCACAAUAUCAAAUGAUCCGGAAUAUCCGUUAAAUAUUAUUAAAAUAUCAAAUUCUACAAAUGCUGAUACUAUUCCAUCAAUUUCACCACUUUCUCAUCUAUCAAAUUCGGCAUUUACGACAGCUAUCACAUGUUGUAGUAUUAAUACUGCAACAACAACAACAAUAACAACUGCAACAACAACAACAACAACAAAUGAUUCAAUUAGCUGCUAUUACUCGACUAAUAAUAUGGAGGAGCAAUUAUUUACUGCAACUGGAAAAGUACCAAUGCAAAGUCAAUUAUUGGAGCAAAAAAUUAUAACUGAAACAAAAACAUUAACAACAAAAAGUACCAUAUCAUUGUUACCACAAGAAUUAUCACUGUUAUCACUGAAGAAUACAUCGUCAGUACAAUCAAUGAAUCCUACUCCUACUACUACUACUAUCAUAUCAGAUCGAUUAGAAUUUACUAAAGUUGAUCAGCAAUCAAUAUUAAAUGAUGCUAAAAAAGAUUCAAUUGAUAAUGCUACUACAACUAUCAAUGAAAUGACGCAACAAUGUAUGAUUGAUAGAAAUCAGAAAUUAUCAGUGAUUGAACAAAAUGAAAAUAAAAUAAAAGAUGAAAUGGAUACUAAAUUAUCAACAACUACUAUUGUUACCAGUUCAGAUAAACAAUUGAAACAAUGUACCAGCAGUACAGAGCAAUCCAUUUCUAGUAAAACACAAUCUGAGAAUGAUAGCUGUGAUAUGAUAACAAUGAUAAAAAAUGAUAAUGAUAAUGAUGAUGAUGGCGAUGGCGAUGAUAAUUUAAAUGAAAAGAUGCUAUCAACAAAUGAUGAAUUAAGAAAUACAUUAAAAGAGGUAACAUCAACAAAACCACCAAUUAAACGACUCACUGAGAAGCAAAAAGAGAAAUUAAGUGCAUCAUGUGGACAUUUGCAUAUUCAAAGUGAUGAUGAAAUGAAUAGAAAAGGUGAUGGUGGUUCUAUUCGACAAUUUUUAGCAACUGCAAGAAAUGAAUCACGACGAAAACUUUCAAGUAUAUCAGAAAAAAGCACUGAAAUGAUGAAUGGCGGAAAUCAAUUGAUAUCAGCGCCAAGUAGUAUCAGUUGUCCAACAACUACACGCAGAAGCAAAGAUUAUAGACAACUACCACGUACAUUACAAAGACAUCGUGAUAAUGCUUACGGGGUAUGGAAUUAUUUUUUCGCAGAUUUAAUGGCAUCAUUAACCGAAGAGCCAACAACUAAUAUCAAUGAUUGUGCAAAAACAAUACCAAAUAAUAAUGGUACAACAAUACGAAAUGCUAGCAAUUGGAGUAAAUUAGAGCAGAAUCAAAUUAAUGCUAAACUGAAACAUAAAACUGGUAGUAAUAUAAGUCAACAUUCAAUUGCUAUUACUGAUAAACAACGUCCACCGUGGAAUUUUUCACCAUUAAAAGAUGGUAAUUUGGAUCGUAUUGCGCCACUUCAACCUGUUUUUUCACAUAGCAAUCAGCCGCGCAAAUGGCUUUCAGCAUUACAUCUUAACGACGAUAAAUAUGCUACAGCUUUACAGUCCAGUAGAAGAAAUAUUAGUGAACGUCGACAAAGUGAUUGCAAUUUACGUGAUAUUUCACAUUUACGUAUGACACGUGGAUCACAUUCAGCACGAUUGCAUACACGUUUAACAUCUGCUAAAAUGUCACGAAAUAUCAGUGGCGUAAAAUGGACACCAAAUGAUAUCAAUAAUCAACCAAUAAAAGAACAAUUAUGGUGGGGUAAAUAA